AAAAUAAUUUUGGAGAGUGGAAAUUGACAAACUAGGGGCUGAUUGAUAAAGUCCAAAUUUCAAUAGGCUUUAAUAGUAUGUUAGGAAAAUCCCAAGGGGCCUAUCUGCUGAUAUUAUUAAAUUACUCGCCCAUUUACAACACGAGUUGCGGAGACUUGUUCUUAUUUCCGGACUGACAUCACUCCUAUUUCUGUUGACAAACUUCUCGAAGAUCGGCGUCGGUCUUCUUCCUCCUUACCUCAUUUCUACGAUCACCGUCACCGCACCAUGGCGUCCGAACAGGAUCCGUCUUUUGACGCAUCGGGCAAUGCCGGAGUUGCUGCAGAAGCCCAAGGAUUCAACCCAGGACUGAUUGUUUUACUUCUUGUUGGUGGGCUAUUGCUGGCGUUCCUUGUUGGAAACUACUUGCUUUAUAUGUAUGCACAGAAAACCCUUCCUCCCAAGAAAAAGAAGCCUGUUUCGAAGAAGAAGAUGAAGAAGGAGAGACUGAAGCAAGGUGUAUCAGCCCCUGGAGAGUAGGCAUGUUGAAGUUUGAACUCUAGGAUUGUACUGGUCUGUCAUGUAGAGCUGCUGUGUCUUUUUUGUGUUUAACAUUGUUUGAGAGGGCCGCCCAGUUUUGAACUUUUCUUACUUUCCUUUCUCUGUUCAAUUAGAAGAUAGAACUUAAGAAACCAUUCCCGGAUUUUGCACCUGCCUGAUACCAUAGAGAACUCUUUUUAUUUUUGAUGCUUGUUUCCUUUUACUUCUUCUGGUAAAGAUUGUUUUUCGUGGUAUUUCAUGCUAAAUUGCCACCAGAUUGAUGGGGGUGUGGGGGGUAUUGGUGGCUAGAUCGUUCAUUGUAGGUGAUCUAGUGGGUAAGAGAAGCUUGGGAUUUGACUGAGGCCAGCAUGAUAAAUUUGAUCAUUAUAUGCUAAUGCAAUUGUAAGUUUAGAGAUUGUAAAAAUGUCGCAAGCAACGAUGAUAUGUUUAUUUGAAAGUAUAAGCAAGAACAGAGGUAGGCCGCAUGCUACCCACAAAAUGCACGUUGUAUAUGCUUUACAAUAGAAAAUGCAUUUCCAUGAAAAUUUCCAGAUUUGUGCUGUAUGAUCCAAAAAC